GGAAUAUUCACAAAGCUUCUCUUCGUUAUUUCAUUAUGGAAAUACGAUUAUGCGUGCAAAAUGAGAUUAGUUAUUAGAGAAGAAAACUUCGACCGACACUCAUGAACUCUCGCACCUUAUAAAUAGGACUGGCGGGAGUUUAAAAGAACUCAUUUCUGAAUAAGAAAGCUAGUGUAACAAUCAAAAAUUUUUUUAAACAAACAUGCGGGUUUCUUGGCAUGUUGCCGUUUUUGUAUUUCCCUUCGGCUCACAUGCUACUCCUCUGCUCAAUCUCGUGAAAAGAAUCACGGCCUCUGCACCUGAAAAUGUCAAAUUUUCAAUCCUCGGCACUGCAGAAUCCAACAGACCAAUCUAUUCAGGUGCGAAAGACGACGACGAAUUCACCAACAUCAAGGCCUACAAUGUUUCGGAUGGCGUACCUAAAGAUCAUGUCUUUACAGGAAAUGCACUUCUAGAACAAAUUGGGAUGUUCAUAAACGCAACUCCUGGCAAUUUUGAGAAGGCUAUGAAGGAAGCAGAGGAGGAUACAGGGGUCAAGAUAAGCUGCUUGUUGACUGAUGCUUUUCUUUGGUUUGCCGCUGAUUUGGCACAGAAAAUUGGAGUUCCAUGGAUACCCUUUUGGCCUGCUGCAUCUUGCUCUUUAUCUGCUCAUCUUUACACUGAUGAUAUCCGAAGAUUGGUCGCCGCAAACGGGAAAAGAGUUGAAAUGAUUCCGGGUUUUGAAGGUUUAAGCAUCAAUGACAUGCCCAGAGAAGUUCUGUUGGAUAAUGAACAAUCACCAUUGGCACUUCUGCUUCACAAUAUGGCCCUGAAUCUGCCCAGAGCAACAGCUGUCGUGGUGAAUUCAUUUGAAGAGAUAGAUCCAGCCCUCACAUUAGACCUGAAAUCCAAGCUCCAAAAAGUCCUGAAAAUUAUCCCUACUCCUUCAAUGGCAGCAGCCUCAAAGAAAACCUCAAGUUUUCGGGUUUAUGACAACGACGAAUGCCUCGAGUGGUUGAAAAAACAGGAUGAUGCAUCAGUUGUGUACAUUGGCUUUGGAAGUGUUUGCAUUCCACCUCCUGAUGAAAUGGUAGGAUUAGCAGAGGCAUUGGAAACUUGCAAAACUCCAUUUCUAUGGUCACUGAAGGAUCAUGCUAGGAAGAGUUUGCCUGCUGGAUUCGUAGAUCGGACGAGCGGAUACGGAAAGUUCGUUUCAUGGGCGCCACAAAUGGAAGUUCUGGCUAGUGGGAAAGUUGGAGUGUUCGUGUCACAUGGUGGCUGGAUUUCCAUUUUAGAGAGCAUCUCAAAUGGUGUCCCUUUGAUUUGCAGGCCAUUUUUCGGGGAUCACGGCUUGAAUAGUGCAAUGGUGGAGCUGAAAUGGAGGAUUGGAAUGAGAGUGAAGGAUGGGGUUUUCACUAAGAAUGGAACAAUCAAUGCUAUAAAACUCAUUUUAGAUGGUGAAAAGGAGGGCAAGGAAAUCAAAGAGAAUGUCAAAUUGCUCAAGGGAUUGGCCACUGAUGCUGUUAAAUUACCCAAUGGAAGUUCAGCCAGAAACUUUCAGGAAUUGUUGGAGGUGAUAACAAAGCCUUAAUGUGGAACCAGAGAACAGGGUUCAUAAACAAUAAAUCAUUUCGACGAGCGCAUGCUUAUGUUUUGGUAUUCCCUUAUUUUUCAAGCACUUGAUCAAGGAUGUGCAGUCACAUAGUAUUAUGUUACACGAGUUUAUAUGUCAUGUGAUGCCUCUAGUCAGUUUCAGGAGAAAUUGAGCCUUUUGAUUCAUUUGAAAAAAUCUAAAAAGACAUGUGUUGGAUUGAAAGAAAUCGUAAAAGAAAUUUACAUUAAAGAAAUUUAUGCAUCUGUAUAUGUAAUGUUUAUAUGGUUUCGUCUUAUUAAUUACUAUACGGGAUCUUACUUUUAUUUUUAUGGUUUUCCUACUUCAGCCAACAACAAUUGUGGAUUUAAGCAGGUUUGAUGCUUAUGUCCCUCAGUUUAAAGGCAAUAGUUCCAGGUGAAUUUUGUUUCUUUAGAUCCCCCAUUUGCUUUUUAC